AAAACCUAGUUCACUCUGUUCAUAACAGAUUGUAGUUUUGGGAACAGAAAACUGAAUUGAGAUCAAAUGUUCCAUCGAUGAGAACUUGCAGAAUUUCGGUCAAAAUCCAUCUUCUCCCACUGCUGGCCACUGAGCUUCCUCUUACUACCAAUGUCAGGCGGUUGCUUCACAUUUAUUUAGAUGUUUUGUUAUUAUUAUUUUUUUUUUUCAUACUUCACAUUCAUACAUCCGAUGAAAUAUCUGUCUCAUUGUUCUAUCUGUGUUACCGGUGUCCAUCGUUAGUCAGUGCGCAGGUUGAUUUCCUUCCCGCAGUGUCCGGGGGGAGGAGCCAAACAAUAGAAUACCUCGGAGCUCGACAGCAGACAGAUGAAAUAGCUACUGUACUGAGUGGUUACUAAGUGACUCACCAAAGCGAUACAUUGUGUCUGUCGACUCACUUGUUGUCAUUUUGAAUCCUCUGCAGAGAUGACCUCACUUAGCUAGUGUCCUGACCUCUCAGUCCCAGAGAGAGUCCCCAGCCAGGCUACCUGCCGUGAAAGGACCAGUCAUUGGACAGUAUAGUGACAGUGUGCUGUGUCUACUAGCAUCAUGGCUGCCAGCCAGCAGAAAGGCACUGCAGUUCUGGAAAGUUCAGCAGAGGGAAAGAGAACGGAACUCAGGGCUAAUGAAGUACUGAAGAAAUGCUCAUGGGCCUCUUACAUGACCAACUCCCCCACUGUGAUUGUGAUGAUUGGUCUUCCUGCCAGAGGGAAAACCUACAUGUCCAAGAAGCUAACCCGCUACCUCAACUGGAUAGGAGUGCCAACCAAGGUAUUCAACCUGGGGGUCUACAGGCGAGAGGCUGUGAAAGCCUACAAGUCCUAUGACUUCUUCAGACACGACAACGAGGAGGCCAUGGAAAUCAGGAAGCAGUGUGCUCUGGUGGCUCUGCAGGAUGUCAAAGCGUAUCUGGCUGAAGAGGGGGGUCAAAUCGCUGUCUUUGAUGCCACAAACACCACCCGAGAGAGGAGAGAAUUACUCCUUAGUUUUGCAAAGGAACAUGCUUACAAGGUGUUUUUUGUGGAGUCAUUGUGUGACGACCCUGAUGUCAUUGCUGCUAAUAUUAUGGAUGUGAAGGUGUCCAGCCCAGACUACCCAGAAAGAGACAGAGAGAGUGUGAUGGAGGACUUCCUGAAGAGAAUAGAAUGUUAUAAAGUCAUGUACCAACCAUUAGACCCAGAUGAACACGACAAGGACCUGUCCUUCAUCCAGGUCAUCAACGUGGGCCGGAGCUUCCUGGUAAACAAGGUGCAGGACUACAUCCAGAGCAAGAUCGUGUACUACCUGAUGAACAUCCACGUGCACUCUCACUCUAUCUACCUGUGUCGGCACGGAGAGAGCGAACACAACGUGGAGGGACGCAUCGGGGGCGAUGGAAUGCUGUCUGUUCAAGGGAAAAAGUUUGCUGGAGCGCUGAAGGGUUUUGUGGAGCAGCAUGGUCUGACAGACCUCAAGGUGUGGACCAGCCAGCUGGGACGGACUAUCCAGACUGCUGAAGAGCUCGGGGUGCCCUACGAGCAGUGGAAGAUACUCAACGAGAUCGAUGCCGGUGUGUGUGAGGAGAUGACCUAUGAGAUGAUUGAGGAAACCUUCCCUGCGGAGUUUGCCUUAAGAGAUCAGGACAAGUACCACUACCGCUACCCAGGAGGAGAGUCCUACCAGGACCUGGUGCAGAGGUUAGAGCCGGUCAUCAUGGAGCUGGAAAGACAAGGCAACGUGCUGGUUAUCUGUCACCAGGCUGUCAUGCGCUGCCUGCUCGCUUACUUCCUGGAUAAGAGUGCUGAUGACCUGCCCUACUUGAAGUGUCCCCUCCACACAGUUCUAAAGCUCACCCCUGUGGCUUACGGUUGUAAAGUGGACAUGUUUGACCUCAAAGUGGAGGCUGUGAACACUCACCGGGACAGGCCAUUAGAUAAAGUCCGUAAUGACGUUGUUCCCACCACAUUCCUCCGGAGGAACAGUUUCACCCCGCUGUCCAGUCACGACCAGGUGAAGCGACCGCGCCUCUACAGCGCCGGCAACCCACCUCAAUCUCGACGGCCCCUGGCCCCCUUUAUACCCAGCAUGCAGUCCUUCGAGGACCCUGAGGGAGCAGAGUUGACACGAAGCCAAGAGUCUCUCAACUGCUUCAGCCCAGGGGACUCAGAAGAUGCUGUUCGCAGUUGAAGAGGACAGAGACUGGGGGCUCCACUCCCCAACAUCCUCUCUGCUAUCAGACCUGGGUUCAAAUACUAUUUUAAAUGUUUGUACAUAGCUUGAAUGUUUGCUUUAGCCUGCCAGGAGUGCCAGAUGGGCAGUGUUUGCACUUUGGGGGCUUUUCUAUUGAUUUCAUUUCAACAUGCAAGCACAGCUGAAGUAUUUGACAUGAUUUCAAAUAGUAUUUCAACACAGGUGCCCUCUGUAUGUACCUACUGUACCGCUCAGGCCUGCUACAUACCAUGCCAGCCUUACCAGUUUGAUUGUCAAGCAGUGGUUCAAGCACAACACCUCAGCCACAAAUGGUCACAGCGUGUGGUUGUUGUAGUGGCCAAAAUUUGUUCUACAGCUGUUUAGUUUCUGUUGACAUCUGUUAGAUAGAUAUUGUGGUUGUGUUAGGGUGAAGAGCGAGAUGAUUUGAGAAAAACAUGGCCUUGCUUGCACACACACUUAUCAACAUUCAAAGUUGAAUUUACUCUAAACAGAACUUUGGGAUGUUUAAAUAGAGGAUAUCUUUGAGGAAAUUUGUCUUAGUGUAAAAUAAAUUGUAUAAAUCUACUAAGUCCCUUAUGGAAGGGGUUGCCACAUGGUAACACUGAACAUUUUAUAAAAAACAAAGCACUUACUAGAAACACUGUCUUAUCCUUUGUCUAUAAUGUAUAAUUACUUAAGCUCUUAUGAAUAAUAUAUGUACCUCUUAAAUUGGAUAGUUGAAUAUCAUCGUUUUUGAACAGCCUUGUGACCAACUGUUAUUCCUCCGUUAGGCUGAAAGACCACCAUACAGGAUUUAACAUUUCAGCUCAGGGAUUCAUGUUAUUGGUUAGUCACAUGUUACUGUCACAGGUUACAUUUCUGUGUGUGUAUAGUUCACAUUUUACUCUGCAAUUCGGUUACAUAUUUAUCGUCAUGUUAUGAAAUACCAAUUUAUUUGCAUUAUAGAUGCAUCCAUUACACGUCUUCAGCUAAAAUGGCAACUACUACUGUAGUUCCAGUUAAUGCCAGCAUUUAUUCUUACAUUUGUUAAAAGGACAUUGUGUUUUUACUUUUCCUAACGUUAUCUGCAUGAUUUUGAAUUCUGGAAAAGCACAGCAUAAGGAAAGAAACUGUAGGUACGUUCAUACUUAAACUUCACUGAUCUUGCCCAGCUAUGUGUAUCUUAUUGUUAAUUACUGCUAUAAUUAUAUAUGUUAAAUGUGAUGCUGCUCUAAAGUGCCUCUGUGACUGUGUUUAGUAGCAUUACUUUUGUGGCUCUUGCAAGGCUAUGUUAUUAUAUAAAUAGGCAGAAAACCGUAGCCUGUAAGACUACAGUAUACUGAUCUGUAUACUAGCACUAUGCUGUAAAAUUAUUUAAAUCACUGGAAUAUUAGUCUUAUGAGUGUAAACGAUUCAAUAAAUGAAUGUAUCUGUCAGAA